AUGAGCUUAGUACUCAUACCGUCUACUCAAAACCAUCCCUAUCUGCCGGACGGGCAUCCUACUAUGGUGCCAGGACAACUAGGAUACCCGGUGUAUCUUCCACAUCAACCACAGCCGGGCCAAACACCAGAGCCCGCCGGUCACGAUCCUUACGGGCUCACGUCGCAUCUCAACGCUUCGAUCCCACAACAUGGAGGAUACCAGUGCAUGAAAGAUUACACGCCUCCCAUCCACCAGUCUUCGAACUCACAGGCGUUCGGUGCGAGCGCAGACAUCAACGCAGACUUGACAUCGACUGCAAACGCCUACCCGAUCGCAGAGUGCAGCUCAACAUUCACGCCUUCUAAUCGAUCCACAAAUUCACUCACUCCACCGACUAUCUCUCCUUCGCAAACACAGUUUGAUGCCAUCGAUGCGCCCCAUUUCUGCGAGGCUUCUGCUGUUGAAGGACGGCACGACAGUCUAUACCCUAGGGAAGAAGCUGCUUCUCAAACGACAUAUACACCAUCAAUAAAACGGAGACCCAGAUCUCAGUACGCUGAACCAGGCUCAGCGCGCGCCAUAUAUUUGGAAAAGAAUCGCAAAGCUGCUAGCAAAUGUCGGACUAAACAGAAAAUGGAGCAAGAAGUCCUGGUUGAGAAAUCCAGGGAGACUGAGCGUAAAAACCGUCUGUUGAAAGCGGAACUGAGUCUGUUAGAGAACGAGCGGCGGCAGUGGUUAGAACUUGUCCAACAACAUAUGAGCUGUCCAGAUCAACGGAUAGCCAUUUAUCUGCAGCGACGAGCAGACAGAUUGGGUUCAAGACCACCACCACCAGGCCCUUCAUGUCGUGAAGAGCCGAGCACUUUUUGA